AUGGGAAGCAUUAGAGGGGACAAUGAUGAUGAAGGACGAGAUGAGAUUAAGCCUCCACAGUUCAAUAAAGGGGCACCAUUUGGACAUGUCAAUUUGCAGUUAUAUAUGCUUUUUCCAACAUUGAAAAUGUUUAAGCAAGCUGUGAAGGACUACACAGUAGUAUUGGGGAGGCCAAUGAAACUAGUGAAGACGGACAAAGGGAGAUGCAUGUAUAUAUGUGAACAAGGUUGUGACUGGAACAUAUUUUGUUCUUGGGCAAAAGUUCAUGGGAGUUAUCAGAUCAAGACUUUUAAUCCCAGUCAUACAUGUAGCAAGAAGUUGAAAAACCAUCAAGCUACCAGUAAAUGGGUUGCAGACAAGCUUGUUGAAUUCAUGAGGCAAGUUCCUGACAUGAUUGUUGCUGAUGCCUUUAAGUACAUGGUUAGCACAUUCCAAGUUCGAUUGGCUGACAUGAAGAUUUACAGAGCUAUGCGCAUUGCUAGGGAAGUUGUUGAAGGUUUUGAGAAUGAUCAGUAUGCAAGAUUGAGGGAUUACUGUUUAGAUGGGUGUUUCCUUAAAGGUUACUAUGAAGGCAUCCUGUUAGCAGCAGUCAGUCUAAAUGGAAACCAUUCCUUUUAUGUCAUUGCAUAUGCCAUUGUUGGCCAAAAGACCAAGGACACAUGA